AUGGAAAACGAAAACACCCGUGUCACUAAUGGUACUGGAACCGCAGACGUUCCUACCAAACUAGAAGAUAGAAUGGAUGUAGAUGUGCCAGAAAAUGGUACUUCUCAUACUGAUAUAAAGCCAGACCCUGGAUCUGAAAGUGAUGCCAGCUCUGAUGUCCCUCUCACUCGACGCCGGUCAACAUCAAACAAGAAGAGGGCCAUCCCUGCUGACUCGGACGUUGAUGAACAAGAUCAGUCUGAUGAUGAAGCAGAUGACGAAGGUGAUGAUGAUUAUGAUCAUGCUACUAGUAAAGGAAAGCCAUCAAAGGCUGCGCCAAGGUCCAAGUCGCCAGCUGCAAACCCAACGACGUCUGCCAAACGGCGAAAGGACGAUGAUUCAUCUGCUGUUGAUUCUUCUGAAGAAGACAUUCCCUUGGCACAACGCCAAAAAGCUGUCAAUGGAAAGCAGAAUGGAGGUACUCGGAAAGCUGCGAAUGGUGCUGCUAAGAAAGCAACACCCAAAGCUAAACCUAAACCGAAGCCUAAGAAGAAGGCCCGAGUAGCAUCUUCCGAUGAAGAAGAAGAUGCUAGCGCAAGUGCCAGUGAUGCAGAAGAUUCACCUGCUUCCACCAGGGCACCGGUAAAACGUAAACGUACCACCAAGCAAAAGGCAUCAGACUCUGGUUCCAGUAGUGAUAUUCCUUUGGCCAGUGUAAAGAAACAAAAGAAGGGUCCUGCUGCUUCUGACAAGAAGGGCAAGACUCCAGUCAAAGACGAACUUGGUGUCGAUCCUUCUAGUAGUGCUUCUCCUAAAAAAAGUCGUAAGAAAAAGGAGGAGGAUGAAGAUGAAGAUCAGUUCAAAUGGUGGGAACAAGAGAACGCUACUGGUGAUGGGUCUGUCAAAUGGACUACACUAGAACAUAAUGGUGUUCUAUUCCCACCUCCUUACGAGCCUCAUGGUGUAAAAAUGCUGUAUGAUGGAAAGGAGGUAGAACUGGAACCUGAUGCUGAAGAGCCAGCUACUUGGUACGCUGCUGUCGUCGGUUCUGUAUGGGAUGAAAAUCCACGAUUCCGUGAAAACUUUUUCCGUGACUGGAAAGAGUUACUCAACAAUCAAGCCAAGCCAUGUCCAAUCAAAGUAUUAGACAAAUGCAACUUUGGCCCAAUUACUGAACAUCUGAACAAACUGAAAGAGCAAAGGCAGAAUCGUAGUAAAGAAGAGAAGCAAAAGGAAAAGGACGCCAAAGCUGAAAUCGAAAAGCAAUAUGGUUUUGCAUUGCUUGAUGGACGGAAGGAGAAGAUUGGUAACUUUCGUAUUGAACCCCCUGGCCUGUUUCGUGGACGUGGUGAACAUCCCAAGACUGGUUCUAUCAAGCCUCGUAUUACAGCUGAGAAUGUGACGCUCAAUCUCGGUGAAGAUGCUCCAGUACCUCCUGCUCCACCAGGUCAGAAAUGGGCCAAGGUGGUGCACGACAACACCAAAACUUGGUUGGCUAGUUGGAAGGACUUUGUUAAUGAUCAUCCCAAAUAUGUCUUUUUAUCUGCCACGUCUUCGUUGAAGGGUCAAAGUGACUUGAAGAAGUUUGAAAAGGCUCGUGAAUUAAAGAAACACAUCAAACGCAUUCGACGUGAUUAUGAAGAAGAGUUGAAGGAUAAACAUAUGGACAUUCGUCAGCGUGCUACUGCUAUGUAUCUGAUUGAUCGACUAGCCCUCCGUGCUGGUAACGAGAAGGGUGAAGAUGAAGCUGAUACAGUUGGGUGUUGCUCCAUACGAUAUGAGCAUAUUACUCUCGAACCACCACGUAAAAUCAUCUUUGACUUCCUGGGUAAAGAUUCCAUUCGAUACUAUAAUGAAGUCGAAGUUACCGAUCAAGUAUUUAAGAAUCUGAAGAUCUUUAAGCGAGAUCCUAAAGGAGAAGGAGAUCCUGUCUUUGACCGUCUUGAUACCGCAUCUCUCAACAAGCAUCUGCAAACCUAUCAAAAGGGACUGACGGCCAAAGUCUUCCGUACAUACAAUGCAUCUUGGACAUUCCAACAGGAACUUGAAAAGACUCCUGAAGACGGUACCGCGGCAGAGAAAGUAUUAGCAUAUAAUCGUGCCAAUCGAGAAGUUGCCAUUCUAUGUAAUCAUCAACGUACGGUCUCUAAAGGACAUGGUGGUCAGAUGACCAAGCUUCAAGACAAGGCAUGCGCAAAAAUAUUACGGAUUAUGUAUUUUGAUGAUGAGGCAACACCUAGCAAGCAAUUAAUCCUAUUUGUGAUUCUUGAAGAGAUCUUGGAAUUAGAUCCUAAACUCAAGAAGAAACGGCCUGAACUUGAAGAAGAAGAGUCUGACGUUGAUGAAGAAUUCGUUACACGUCACUUGGUUGCUGUAGAAGAGAAGGCACUCGAAGCAGCACGUAAAAAGUUUAAGAAGGAGAAUGAAAAACGAGCAGCCAAUGGAGAAGAAGAGUUGUCAGAGUCAGAGAUGCCUGAUGUAGACGUUGAACGUAGGCCAAUCGGGUCUCUAGAUAAAUUGGAGAAGGCAUAUGAGAAGAUAUCUGAACGAAUUCGGAUUCAGAAAUUGAAUGCCAUUGACAAGGAUGAGAACAAGACAACUGCUACUGGCACAUCUAAAAUUAAUUACAUUGAUCCACGUAUUUCCAUUGCGUGGUGCAAAAAGUACGAUGUCCCACUAGAGAAGAUCUUCAACAAGACGCUACGAGACAAGUUUAAAUGGGCUUCUGGUGUUGAUGCAGAAUGGAGUUCAAGUGGUUAUGUUGCCACAACAUUUCAACAACGCACCAAUAUGUCUAUCCGUUUAGGAUUGGAACGGAUCUUUGCGCUCUUGGAGGCACUAGGAGACCCACAUAAGCAAUAUGAUAUAGUACAUGUAACUGGCACCAAUGGAAAAGGCUCUGUCACCGCGCUAGUCGCCAACAUUCUAAAAUCAUCAGGACGUCGAGUAGGUCGAUUCAACUCUCCACACUUGAUAUCUCCCAAUGACGCCAUACGAAUCGAUGAGUCCAUAAUAUCAAAACCCAUAUAUGAUCUUACCCGUCAACGUGUCGAACAAGUAAACGCAAGUGCGCACAUUGACGCCAGUAGUUUUGAAGUCACGACAGCAUUAGCUUUUGUUAUCUUUGCUGAUGCCAAAGUCGAUAUGGCAGUUAUAGAAGUUGGUAUGGGAGGACGAUUAGAUGCUACCAAUGUGCAUCCGUCUCCUUUGGUGUGUGUUGUCACAUCAGUAGCUAUGGAUCAUGUCGAGUUUUUGGGUGAUACUAUAGUGAAGAUAGCUACAGAGAAGGCUGGGAUAUUUAAGAAGCAUUGCCGUGUUGUUAUUGGCCCGCAGGCUUAUGAUGAUGCGAGGGAGACGUUGGAAGGGAAGGCUAAGGAGCUUAAGUGUGAGUGUCUUGUAGUAAAGCCAGCAACGAGGGAGGGACAGAUCGUAAAAGUCAUGUUUAGAGGUGGAUUAUUAGAUGUAGAGCUGCCUUUGAUGGGUGGCUUUCAGCUGGAGAAUGUUGCUACAGCUGUGGCAUCCAUUGAACAAUUACCAUAUGUUACAAAGGAACAUGUUGUCGAUGGUAUUCGUCAUGUACGAUGGCCAGGACGACUUGAACUAGUAGAUAUAAACACCGAUAAAGGGCAGACACGAAUACUUGUCGACGGUGCUCAUAAUGAAGCUGCAGCAAAACAAUUACGGGUUGCUAUAACAGAGCAACUCGAAAACAAAAGUAGUAAAAAAGUCGGAUGGAUAUUUGGAAUGUCGCGUGGCAAGAAUGUAUCUGCUAUACUAGACAUUCUUGUACGUGAUGGAGAUGUGGUAUGUGCUACUGAAUUCGGAGUUGUGGAGGACAUGCCGUGGAUUAAAUGUAUUGCUUCUGGUGAUAUAAUUGAUGCUGCGGUUGGAUUGUCGGUACAUGUGGAUACAAUGACUGCAGCGCGUGUCAAGGACGCGAUUGAUGGUGUUAUGAAUCGGAAUGAUAUAGACUUGAUUGUUUUGUGUGGGUCGCUGUAUCUAGUUGGUGACUUGUACAGAACUUUUGAACUGCCACUUUAG